UCACCAUAAACCCCUGCAGAGUGAGAAAGGAAUCAGGAAAAGAGAAAAUUUAUAGUUAUAGUUAUAUCCAUGGAAAAAGAAGCAAAUGAAAAGAAACCCUGCAUGAGAAGAUCAAGAAAAGGGUGCAUGAAAGGGAAAGGAGGACCAGAAAAUGCACUAUGUACUUACAGAGGAGUAAGGCAGAGAACAUGGGGAAAAUGGGUUGCUGAAAUAAGAGAACCAAAUAGAGGUAAUAGAAUUUGGUUAGGUACUUUCAAUACGUCAGAUGAAGCAGCUAGGGCUUAUGAUCAAGCUGCCCUUAAACUUUAUGGCUCUUCUGCUACCCUAAACUUGCCACAGUACUGCUUUAACCUACCAAUAGGUACUGCUAGUAACAGCAAUAUUAGUGCCGGUACAUGUCAAAAUGUUAUUGGCAGCUCUAAUAAUGAAGAAAUUAGCAGUUCAUGUGCUAGUAUGUGUCAAGAUCUUAUUGGAAGCUGUAGUAGUGAAGUAAUUACUGGCGGGGCAAGGAAUUCUAAUACAUGUGCAAUUGGUUGUGAGAGUUGUUCAAGUUCUUCAUGUUUAAUUGGAGGAUUAGGGGAUAAUGAUUUUUACUGGCCUCAAGAUGAGUUGGACAUUGAGAAUCAUUUCAUGGAUAAUACUUUUUUUGGAGGUGCUGGAAUCGGUGGAGGUACUGGAAUCGGUGGAGAUGGGUUCAGCUGGGAUGGAUCUGGAAAUACAUGGGGAGGUGCAUGGGGCUUUUGAUUUAGGAUAGCAUAUACCAAACCAAUCCGUGGAAAAAUUUUUCAGAUACUGUUACUGUUGUCAAGAGUUGAAAUGGUAGGAUAGAAGUUCUUGGUUUUAAGUUCUCCAUGAUCUGCCUAAUAAUAGAUCUAGAUUAACCAGGUUAAUGCAGUUAGGACAUUGGAUGGUUAAAAAUCAAAAUAAAAAAAUCUCGUAUGAUCAGAAGAACUAUUAUGCUGAAAGGAGGUUACUCUAUUUAUUCAUUAAACUUUUUUUGGCGUUAGUAAUAUUAUGGGAAACUUACAGAAAUAGUCACUCCAAUGUACAUUUAUUAUCAAUAAGAUUGUGUAAUAUUAAUUUGUUAUUUUUUCA